ACCAACUAAAAGGCACAGAAUAAUUUUUGCUGAUGAUGAUGCAGAAGGUAGCUCAGUUCAGUCACCACAAUCACCAGUUUCCCUAUUUCUGUCAAUGUUAUCGAACCAGAAUUUGUAUCUGAUACCACUACAAAGAAGAUGAGAGUACAGAAGACAGAUGAUGACAAUAUACCACUUGCUGAUCCCUUUCCUCUACCAAAACGCUACAGGCCUGAAGUUGAAAAGGCAUUGAAAGAGGGGAAAAUGAGGAUGAGUACAAGAAGUCUUUUUUUAUCUGCUGUAGCAUCAGCAAUUUUUGCCUGCAAAAUGUAUUCCACCCGAGAAGACUAUAAUUGUGUUGGGUGUACAAUUGUGAAUAAAUACCCAUUUCUUAGAGCUCCUUCUGGGGCAGGAUCACCUCAUGCUGCUAUUGUUGUACAACUUAUUAACCAUUUCAAAGAAUUUCGUAGAGAGAAGUCGCAUAAUACACUACCUGAUGCCACUAGCUCUAAAAGGAAACAGACAGAUGUUGCUAAGAAACAGCCAGGAGAUUAUUUAGUCAUUUUUUCUGUUAAAAUUGAGGAAGGGGAAGAUGAGUUCUUUUUUCAACAGCAUCAAAAAAGGUGGAAGGCUGAACAUAAGAAAUGUCAACCCAAUGAUUCUCUUGUUGAUGAUUUAAUGACUCGGUCAUUUGGUAUGCAAAGGAAAGAUUAACUGAAAAUGGUUAUUCUGGUGUGCAAGCUCUAUUUGAAGUUUACCCUUUUUGCAAGAUUAUAUUCAGGUAUUUGAUUUACGCAUGAAUUUGAUAACUUUUGCUUUUAUUAUUUUUGUUUGAUUAUAAUUAAUGUCUGAGAUGUGCCGAAUACUCUAAAAGCCAAAAGAGUUCAUUGACAAUGCAGCAGGAUGGGAGGUCAAGUCUAAACUUAUUUUCAAGUUGCCAGUGAGACUGAGUCAGUUAGUAAUUCUAGACUUAGAGGACUUCUGAAGUUAGUAACAGAGACAGACAGCUGUUCCUGCUUUUCUUGUAUUGCCCUACAUCUUACGAGAAUCUUGUUGUAAAUUAGUAGUGACACAAUUGUAUGCUAUUUACAAUGUGUA